CCGGGGCGGGGACCGUCGCCUGGCAACCGCGGCCGGGCUCGCAAACAAGCGGCGGGGAGCGCUGCUGUGCCCGGCGCAGGAUGCCGCCCACCCGGGACCCCUUCCCCUACCCCCGCUACGAGAACGAGGACACCUUCAGGGGCCAGGCCAGGCCGGGCCAGGUUCCCAGUGAUAGCCUGGAUUUUAAGCUGACCUCGCUCUACAACCACCACGAGGAGCAGCUCAGAGACAAGAGCGAGAUCGUCAUCCACAAGGAGACCCUCUUGGAUGACCAUGGAGCACUGAAGGGUCUCGAGCCUGUGAAGGAACCCAAGCCGCCCCCAGUGGAGCACCAUACAGCCAGGGGCCUGUCUGUGAGAUGCUGGGUCAGCCCCACAAAGGAGUCGAUCCACAGCAUUGAGGGAGCCAUCGAGUGUCCCCACACAGCUGCCACCAACAGUGGAUACUCCCGCAAGGAGAACGGCAGCUUCUUCUCUCAGUGAGGGGUUUGCUGGCUUGUGCCCUGGCUGUGCAGCUCUGGACCCACUUCCAACUUGAGUGAACCUUCUUCUGUCUGCUCUGUGUGCAUUAAAUCCCUCUGGUCAGCAAAACUUGUCCAGAAAAACAGCCAUGAACAGGAGAGAUUUUAAUUUAGUGUCAAUCUUGUUUCCCUGUCCGCUUUGCUGCAUUCAUCCCUCCAUGCUGGGUAACUCUGGGGUACACAGCCUUGCGGCAGCAAUACUGACCUUUGUGCAUCAGCCCAGAAUACGCUGUGCUACCUCUCCACCUCCAACAUGGCUCCAGUCGGCCACCCAGGCUGGUCCUCUAAUUCUGGGGGCCCAACCUGGUGCUCAGCACCCACAACCCCCAAUAAAGCCUGCAGGACCAGUGUGUAACUGAUCAGACCCUUUAUUAACUUGGGCUUCCAAUAAUCAGGGCUCCUAAAAUGAGAGGCCGUUUUCUGGAAGCUGGCCUGUGGGCAAGAGCAGCCACUGCAUGUGGCAGCGUGGCGCUUUAUUCAUUAAAGAACGUUGGGGCAUUCAAUAAACUGAAAAGGCGGCAAAUUCCAUAUUAAUACAAGGGCAUUUUUUUUUCACACAAUAGAUACUUAGCCUAUGGAACUUGCUGCCACAAGAAUUGAGGCCAAGAAUUUGCAAGAUUUUUAAAAGGAUUGGGGAUUUUUCCAUGGAAAUGAGAAAAUUCAGAGUAGAGUUAAUUCUGGCAGGGAUAUUAACCUUCCUGCAGCAGGGCUCAAACUCAUCUCUAUUAGAGACCAGGAUGAGACCUAAUGUGGGGGCAGAUUACCCCCAUUCUGCCAUCCUAAGGUUCUUACACCACCCUGUGAAGCAGCUGGGGCUGGGCACUGCCUGAGACAGGACUAUAUGGAGCCAUGGGCUGAUCCAUACUGGGGGUUCCUAUGCGCCUGCUGUUUGGGGAUUAAAUCAUCAUGGACAGAAAUCCAGCUUCCCCACAAAAUGCUUUUAAAAAAAGCUCAGGUGAUUUGUUUGGUUUCUUCUAUGCCAGCGAGUUCACGCCUCGGCUCUGCCCUCUUGGGAAGAGUUGCUUUUCUUUGUCCUUACAAUGGUUCCAGCAUGGGUACACAUAUGUUGCUCAGGAGUCAUGGGAUGCUGCCAUACAUCCUCUGCAUGGUGAGCAAAUGGUCUUCAGCAAGGUAAUUCAGGCCCCAUGUGUAACGCCCAGCACUAGCACAUCUCCAGACUGGGGCUCGAAAACACAACUGAUGCUCAGUGCCAGGCAGCUAAAGGAGCCAUC